AAGGUGACGUGGACACGGAAGUGGUCGUCGUCGCGGCGGCACCGGUGGGAGCUGGGCGCGGGGCUCAGAGUGCGGCCGGCGAGCGGACUAGCGGCGGUGGCUUCGCACCUGAGCAGCGGCGAGGGACGCAGGCGCUGUCGGAUAGGUGUGAGUCCUCUGAACAGAGGAGAGGCUUCUCAGUCCUUCUGCCAGUCGGAGCCCCGGAUCCGGGACCUGCUCAGCCGGCGUCACCAUGACCAAGGCCGGCAGCAAGGGCGGGAACCUCCGCGACAAGCUGGACGGCAACGAGCUGGACCUGAGCCUCAGCGACCUGAACGAGGUCCCCGUUAAGGAGCUGGCUGCCCUCCCAAAGGCCACCAUACUGGAUCUGUCUUGCAAUAAACUGACUACUCUACCGUCGGACUUUUGUGGCCUCACACACCUGGUGAAGCUGGACCUGAGUAAGAACAAACUGCAGCAGCUGCCGGCAGACUUUGGCCGUCUGGUCAACCUCCAGCACCUGGAUCUCCUCAACAACAGGCUGGUCACCCUGCCUGUCAGCUUUGCUCAGCUCAAGAGCCUGAAGUGGCUGGACCUGAAGGAUAACCCCCUGGAUCCUGCCCUGGCCAAAGUGGCAGGGGAUUGCUUGGAUGAGAAGCAGUGUAAGCAGUGUGCCAACAAGGUGUUACAGCACAUGAAGGCUCUGCAGGCAGAUCAGGAGCGAGAGAGGCAGCGGCGGCUGGAAGUAGAACGAGAGGCUGAGAAGAAGCGGGAGGCCAAGCAGCGAGCCAAGGAGGCUCAGGAGCGGGAACUGCGGAAGCGGGAGAAGGCAGAGGAGAAGGAGCGCCGGAGAAAGGAGUAUGAUGCCCUCAAAGCCACCAAGCGGGAGCAAGAGAAGAAGCCUAAGAAGGAAACAAACCAGGCUCCAAAGUCUAAGUCCGGCUCUCGGUCCCGCAGACCGCCGCCCCGGAAGCACAGCCGGUCCUGGGCUGUGCUGAAGCUGCUGCUGGCACUACUGCUCUGUGUUGCUGGCGGGCUGGUGGCCUGUCGGGUGACACAGCUGCAGCAGCAGCCCCUCUGCACCAGCGUGAACACCGUCUACGACAAUGCGGUCCGGGGCCUGCGCAGCCAUGACAUCCUCCGGUGGGUCCUGCAGACCGAGUCCCAGCAGUGAGCUUGUCCUCAGCCCUGCUGCCUCCCAGCCUUGGAGCUUGGAUUCCUACGGAAUUGGGUUCUGCUGGACACAACCUCUUUUUAGCUCAGACCUACCUGCCAUCAUCAAAUGGCUGCCGAUGGUACUUGAGAUCUCUUUAUAGACUUCUUUGUUCCUUAGUCAGGGUUCCCUGGUGGAAGAAGAAGUGGGAGGUGGGGACAGUUACCUGCAUGCCUGAAGGAAUAGGCUUGGGAUGGGGAGAGGAAAAAGCCUUUUCUAGUUGCUAUACAAAGUUGCGUAAAGGCAAGGCUCAUUUCUACUAAAUGGUCAGGUCAGCUGUCACUACAUUUAUACUUUUGUAUGUCACAAACCUUUCUUUCAUUCCUCCCUGGGUAGCCAGGGCAGAUCAGGAGGCAGUGUGUCACUGGGGACACAGGGAUCACCAUACUCAGCGAUCUAAAUUGAGGGGAGGGGCAUAGCUAUUUUCUUAAGGACCUCAGGCACUGAGACAUUUUAAUGACCGUAUAAAAUCUCAGGCUGUGAAAGGGGCUUCAAGACCAUCCAGGCCAAUAUAACAAUUGCAGACAGGGAACCAGGCCCCCCAUGACUUGCCUACAGUCUUCCAGUUAGUUUGAGGCAGGACCGGACUCCCACUCUGGUAUCCUUCUUUCCUUCCCGUCAUUUUGCCUCCUUUAUAAUGUCCUGAAAGAAGGGAACUCACACCAGAAUUGAGUCUCUCAGCUGGAGUAUAGACUCUUUGGUGGUAGACAGAUUCAUUGACCCACAAGUAGAAAUCUCACAGCCAUGAAGGUCUUGGGCAGCUCUGUGGAGUCCUGGGCUAAGUCAUGUGGCACCCAUGAAAUGGGGACAGUCCAGGCUCCUUGCCUUGAUUUGAGAGCAUUAACUCCCCCAUUGUCAAUAAACAAGGAGGUGCGGACCCUUGCAAAGCCACAUUGUCUUCAACAGCUCUGUCAGUAGUUAGUGUGACUAAAUACCUCAAAGGCAGCCUGAAAACUCAAGCUUCAUAGGCUGAGGUUUAGAAUUAUAUGAAUCUAGACCUGUAGUUACACCUAUACAUUCAAAGGAAGCAAGUAGCAUCAUGGAGUUUAAAAGUGGUGCAUUAACUAAUGACUAGCACAAUUAAUGGCAGGACUGUCCACUCUCGUCUGCCAGAUUAAGCAUUUUCUUGCUUUCUAGCCUUCUCUGCCUCUUCUUUUUCACAGCAGCUGGAUGAAGGGAUCAGAAAUGGUCAUGUCAUGGUGCUCAGUCACCAAAAACUCCAGAUUGCAAGCUUCUUGCCUCUCCAUAGGGAGAGCAAGUACCUGUUAUGGUUCAGACAGAGGAUGGGGUCCAGCUUUUUAGUCCUAGUGGCCCAUUUGGAUGGACUGCCACUUGUGACUGUCCUGAUAAUGGAAGAAAUGACUUGUUCUUUUCUCCCCCAAGAACAGCCCUCCUGCAGAGGCCCACACCUUACUCAGAAUCACUACACAUUCCUUUAGUCUUCCUCCAAGCUCUAGAGCCACUGGUACAAAUGCUUUAUUGAAACUAAACACACAGUACACAAAAGGAGAUUAAGAGAAUAUGGAGGUCGGCAUAGGGGUCCAGCCCCCGUUCUGAGGCUGGCUGAGGCAGCGGCAGGGGUGAGGGAGGCUGGGGCCUACCCAGCCUAGUCAAGCCAGCUCGCUGAGGGAGGUUCACUCAUGAUCUCGAGAUUUGAUGCUGAGGUUCUUUUGGAUUUCUAUAAUUAUUAAAUACAUGUCUGAGUGGUC